AUGAAGGAUGCUGAGAUAAGUUUUAAAAAAGCUAUGAAGCUCCUGAAGACCUCAGCAAAAAAACUGCCUAAUACAUUUGAGGCUGCAGAAAUGUAUAAUUUCACAGGUCUGUGCUACAUGGAGCAAAAAAGAUUAUUAUGGACAUUUAAAGCUGCAAUUGAAGACCUUUCAAAAACUAUUGAGCUCAACAAAUCUAUUUUGGCAUAUUAUAACAGAGCUGUCUCUUAUCAAAUAAAGGACUUCAGAGAGGUAUGGACUUUAAAGGAGCAUCGUUGCUUGGUCCAGAUGACAGCCAGAUCUUUCAAAUUCUUGGAAUCUGCUAUCAUAGCAAGCAUCAAUGUCUCUAUUUUUAGUCUUCAUGAGUCUGAAGAAGUUGUGACAUCAUUUGACCAGGUUCUCAAAUUAGAUCCUGUUUCUGUGGAUGCCUGUGUUAGAAGAGGAAAUUCGUACAUGGAAAAAGGGGAUGAAGCUAGUUGUAAGCAAGCACCGAAAGAUUUCUUGAGAGCAGUUCACCUUAAUCUAAAGCGUGUAAAAGCCAGAAUUUGCUUAGGAUACAACUUGAAGGCCCUUGGAAAGCUUCAGAGAGCAUGAAACCAAUUUACCGUUGCCAUUUGCAUUGAUCGAAAAUGCCAUGCUGCAUAUGCUGGACGAGCUUCAGUCUGUCUUCAAAGGGGUGAAACUUUUGCUGCAUCUCAAGAUACAAGUACUGCACUAAAGCUCACUACCACUGCUGCACUGCUAACAAAUAAGGGUGUCAUCAAUCAGUUAAUGGAAUAUCUGCCCUGUGCCAUGAAGGACUAUCAACAAGCAAUUUCUGCUUACCAAAACUAUGCAUUAGCCUAUUUCAAUGCAGCAAAUAUCUACUUCAAUAAUCAACAUUUUUCACAAUCACAUUUCCUGGGCGUAGGCUCCGGCUUUUAUUUGAUUGGAGCUUUGCAGUCCAAAUGGCAAGUUGUACAUAAACCAUUUCCUCAAUUUUUAACAGCAUACUUUAUCUUCAAUUCACGUGUUUUGCAGGCUUAUUGCUAUUAUUACAUGUUAUUAGAACUUGACACAAGAAAUGAAUCUGAUGCUAUAAAUCAUGCUAUUACAAAUACAUUAUUGAACAAUAUUGAAGAAGCAAAAGAAGACUUUGAGAAAGAAGUGUCUCUGCCAUUCUCUGCAGCAGUGUAUUUUAACAGGGCAAAUUUCUAUAGUGGAUUAAAGCAAUAUGAACUAGCUGAGAAAGACAUUUCAACAGAUAAGAAUGGUAAAGUAGACAGUACUUUGAAGUUGCAAGAAGUUGUCCAUGAUUGGCUGGUGACGAGCCGCUGCCUAUUAAUCAUUCACCAGCCGGAGAGCGACAAUAACCGCCAGCCACCCGGAGCGAGCGGCGCCGGCAGCCGCCUCCUUCCCGCUGCUGGGACCCGCCGAACCGGGAGCCCCUCCAGGAUGCAGGACCGGGCCGGCGGCGGGCGCCUGCUGCUCUGA